CCCCCUGUCGGUAGAGUUGGGUUUACAGGAAGACGAAAGCGAAUGCAGGCCGCCCAGUAAAAACCGUUUUGCUAGAUCAUUGCUCGAAGAGAGAGCAAGGGCAUGGGAGUAAUCAUUUCAAGUCUUUAGUAGCUUGUGAACCGUCCAGAACCUACCUACAUCUCAUACCAGACCGACUGAUUUGUGAUCGCUGGAUUAACGUUUACACCAUUUUUUAUUUUCACUACAUAAGGAUGGCGUUAAUUUUGUUUUCGAAAUCCCGGACUCCGCUCAUGAAAUCCUCCAGAUCAUUGAAGAGCGAAUUCAGAAAAGCAAAGCUAAACGAAGGAGCAUGUUUCAGCUGUACUGCACUUCAGCUGACUGCAAACAGUCCAGAUGUUCUCAGAAACAGUCUGUUUGCUCCGACAUCUUUUCUCAGCCAUCUCCAGUCAUAUCCUGGCCAUCCGUCCAUGCGUCAGCGCUCCUUGGCCAAUUCAUCUCGUCUCAACUGUGCUGUUUUAAAACAAGACUUCAUCACAUCAGCUCAUGCUCGCUCAGCCUCUUAUUGGACAGUAGCCCAGUGGAACACACCAGUACGAUGGAUACACUCCUCAAGCUGUCUUUAUGAUGACUCAAAGGUGGAGCAAUCGCUGCGAUCACUGAAAGACCGGAACAAAAAACUGGAGGAGGGAGGGCCUGUCUACAGUCCCACAGUGGAGGUAGAGCCAGUCAGGAAAACGUUAGGCCAACGUGUAAUUGACGAAGUUAAACACUACUAUCAUGGGUUUCGGCUACUGUGGAUUGACACUGCCAUUACUGGACGCAUGCUGUGGAGAGUAUUAAAUGGACAUAUACUGUCACGAAGAGAGAGGAGACAGUUCUUGAGGACAUGCGCAGACUUAUUUCGACUCCUGCCUUUUCUGGUUUUCAUCAUUGUUCCGUUCAUGGAGUUCCUUCUUCCUGUUGCUCUGAAGCUUUUCCCCAACAUGUUGCCGUCCACUUUUGAAACGCAGUCCAAGAAGGAAGAGCGGUUGAAAAAGGAGCUACGAGUGAAGCUGGAGAUGGCAAAGUUCCUCCAGGAUACCGUGGAAGAGAUUGCACUGAGGAACAAAGCAGACAAGGGAAACGUCACUGAGGAAUUCUCUUCUUUCUUUCAAAAGAUUCGCGAUUCAGGUGAGAGGCCUAGCAAUGAAGAGAUCAUACGAUUCUCUAAGUUGUUUGAGGAUGAGCUGACCCUAGACAACCUGACACGGCCACAGCUGGUGGCUCUCUGCAAACUGGUGGAGCUGCAGUCUAUCGGCACCAACAACUUUCUGCGCUUUCAGCUAAUCUUGAAGCUUCGUGCCAUCCGUGCCGAUGACAAGCUGAUAGCAGAGGAGGGAGUGGAGAGCUUGAAUGUAAAUGAGCUGCAAGCAGCCUGCAGGGUUCGAGGCAUGAGAGCUCUGGGUGUGACGGAGGAGAGGCUGAGAGAACAGCUGAAACAGUGGCUGGAGUUGCAUUUGAAUCAACACAUCCCUACAUCUCUGCUGCUGCUUUCGAGGGCAAUGUUCCUACCUGACACCCUGUCUCCUGAAGACCAGCUGAAAACCACACUUCAAACCCUGCCUGAGAUAGUGGCUAAAGAGGCACAGGUGAAAGUGGCUGAGCUGGACUUUUCUAAAGUGGAUAAUAAAACUAAGCUUGAGACCAUGCUGCAGGAGGAGGCAGCUAUUCGCCAGGAGAACAGAGAGAGGGAGCUGGAGAGGCUGGCUGACACUGCAGAGAAAAUAAAAGAACAGAAGCCUGAGUUGUUAGAUGUAGAGGGUGAUGGACGACUACAUGCUGAUCCUCUAACGUCCAGUAUAGAUACAUCAAUCCAGUCUGAAACAUUACGAGACACUGCACCAGUCCUGGAGGGUAUUAAGGGAGAGGAAAUCACGAAAGAGGAGAUUGACAUGCUAAGUGACGCCUGCACCAAACUAAAGGAGCAGAAGAAACUGUUGACAAAAGAGAAAGAGGAGCUGGAGGAGCUAAAGGAUGAUGUGCAGGAGUAUGUUGAGGACCUAGAAGAGAUAAAGAAGGAGCUAUCUAAAACUGGUCAGGAGAAAGCUGUGGAAGAGUCCAAGGCGAGUAAGCACCUGGCCCGUCGGGUAAACCGCAUGAUCGGUCGCAUCGAUAAGAUCAUCAAUGAGUUAGAGAAAGACAAACAGGCACUGGAUGGACAAAUGGACAGCGGAACAACUCCACCUGUUGGGGAGAACCUUAUUAGCAUCAAUGAGCUCAUCACUGUCAUGCGACAAAUCCAGAGCAUUCCAGAACACAAGCUGCUUAGCCUUGCUGACGCACUGGAUGAGAACAAGGACGGCAAGAUAGACAUUGAUGAUGUUAUCAAGGUGGUGGAGCUGAUCGAUAAGGAAGACGUAGACAUCUCUACUGCACAGGUGGCAGAGAUCAUGGUGAUGCUACAGAAGGAGGAGAAGCUGGUUGAGAAAGAGAAGGCAAAGGAGAAGGCUGAAAAAGAGCAGGCAGCUAAAGUUCAGAACUAAACCCCUGCAUGGCAAAUUACCUGUGGAAAGCCCACUGGAACCACUGGUGCUGGAAACUCUGGUUUCAUACUGGUGAACUACAGAAAUUAAAUGACUAAAUUUAAAUUA